CUCAAAAAGCGCGUGUCAUUCAGCGUCCUGUGAAACAAGACGCGCGUGGAUGCUUGUGCUUUCUCCAUUACUCUGUGAGCCGAAAGCGUAAUUCGCAGAGAAGCGAGCGACAAUGAAGGUCCAACGGUCAACUUUUUUCACAGUCAACUUGAAAUCGAACCUUCAUCACUUUCACUCCUCUCAGGGAAUUGCUAUAUCAGAGCUCGAUCCCGUGUCGAAGUUACUCGAUAGGAAGUGGGGGUUACAGAGUCCCGCAACUCCAAUUCAUCAAAUCAGUGUUUCUUCCGCUAAAGGAAUCGGCAAACUCUCCUUCUUGAACAACACUCGUCCACGUCUCGGAGAUGAAGUCUCUAAAAAAGGAUCGUCUUUUUACAUCCUGAGAGACGAUCUUUUGCAUCCUCUUGUCAACGGUAACAAAGCUAGAAAGCUUGAUGCUUUGCUACCGCUUCUUCAGGAUCAUAAAGUCACUGACUUGGUUACAUGUGGAGGUUGUCAGAGUGCACACACAGCUGCUGUUGGUAAAAAAUCUGUUUCGUGUGCUGAGAGAGGUGUGAGAUCACAUCUGCUACUGCGUGGAGAGCAGCCCGAGGUUUUGACCGGUUAUAACCUCGUUUCAACUAUGUAUGGAAACGUUGAGUAUGUUCCGAGAUCGAAGUAUGCGAAUAGGGAGGAGAUGCUGAGAACUCACGCUGAUCUUGUCGCUGGGGAAGACGGUUCUGUCUUAUGGGCUAAAGACCUUGAGGCUAUUGAUGGUUUUUCGACUUCCCAAGCUGCUUCUUCUAGAAAGGUUUUGAUCGUCAAUGAAGGCGCAGGCGAUGCUCUUGCGUUACUCGGUAUGUUUCGGUUAGUGAAGUAUUUGUCAGAAGAUCAUUUACUUGGGAAGAAGAGUCGUGUCAAGUUUGUAGUUGAUGCUGGUACUGGAACGACUGCUGUGGGUUUAGGAGUUGCAGCUAUGUCUUUAGGGCUUCCCUGGGAGAUCAAUGCAGUGAUGUUAGCUGAUACACUCGAAAACUACAAAAGACAUGAACAUCGCUUGUUAGAAGAGUUUACGAGGCAGUUUCUUCCCUCCAUCGUUUGCAGCCGCUUGGAUACGAUCAAAUGGGUAGAACGUCAACGCCCGAGAAAGUUUGGUAAGGUCUUGGAAGGAGAAGUGGAGAUGUGUCGGAAGAUUGCGCAACAGACGGGUGUUUUAGUGGAUCCAAUGUAUACUUUAGCUGCUUGGGAGACGGCAACAGAGCUUGUGGAGGACGAGGAUUCGAGCAUUGUAGUGAUGCUUCACACUGGAGGCACUCUUGGGAUGUUUGGUCUUGCUCAAAGAUAUAAAUCUUUCUUCACUAACUUGAAACAUUAGGGGUGCAACUGGAUUACAAUAUUUUGGAAUGGAACGACGUGGAAUGGUGGAUUCCAUUGAUUCCAAAAACCUUUUUUACCAUUUGAUAUGAAUGGAAUGGAAUGGUCAUUCCACCAAUUCCAAAAAUAUUUUGAUAAAAUACAAAGAAAAGUAUUCCAUAACAAAAUUGUUCAUGAAUAAAUGGAAUGUAUUCCGUUCCAUUUUUUUGAUGUA